CGGGGGCCGGGUGGAAUCGAGGCGUGAGGCAGGAGGGAAGGGGCGGGGGAGAGGGACCGGGGAAGGCGUCUGGGGGGAUCUCGCGAGGGUUGGAGUUUUGGCGAGAGUUUGUGGAAGAUGGCGCCUGUUGUGACAGGUCAUUGAAAUUAUGAGACUAUCAUUCAAAUGGAAGCAUUAUAGUUCUUCGGAACCAUUAUGAUCUCAAAAGGAAAAGAGAAUGAUACAGAUACACUGGCUGAGGUGUUUUGAGGUGCAUCGAAGUGUCCCAAGCUGUGACUUACCUUAACAUGUUCUUGAAGUACCAUGGCGUGGAUUAAAAGAAAAUUUGGUGAGCGGCCUCCACCUAAACGACUCACUAGGGAAGCAAUGCGGAAUUAUUUAAAAGAGCGAGGGGAUCAAACAGUACUUAUUCUUCACGCAAAAGUUGCACAGAAGUCAUAUGGAAAUGAAAAAAGGUUUUUUUGCCCACCUCCUUGUGUGUAUCUUAUGGGCAGCGGAUGGAAGAAAAAAAAAGAACAAAUGGAGCGGGAUGGUUGUUCUGAACAAGAAUCUCAACCAUGUGCAUUUAUUGGAAUAGGAAAUAGUGACCAAGAAAUGCAGCAGCUGAACUUGGAAGGAAAGAACUAUUGCACAGCCAAAACAUUGUACAUAUCUGAUUCGGACAAGAGAAAGCAUUUCAUGUUGUCUGUAAAGAUGUUCUAUGGCAACAGUGAUGACAUUGGUGUGUUCCUCAGCAAGCGGAUAAAAGUCAUCUCCAAACCGUCCAAAAAGAAGCAGUCAUUGAAAAAUGCUGACUUAUGCAUUGCCUCAGGAACCAAGGUGGCUCUGUUUAAUCGACUUCGAUCCCAGACCGUUAGUACCAGAUACUUGCAUGUAGAAGGAGGUAAUUUCCAUGCCAGUUCUCAGCAGUGGGGAGCAUUUUACAUUCAUCUCUUGGAUGAUGAUGAGUCUGAAGGAGAAGAGUUCACAGUUCGGGAUGGCUACAUCCAUUAUGGACAAACAGUCAAACUUGUGUGUUCCGUUACUGGCAUGGCACUCCCGAGAUUGAUAAUCAGAAAAGUUGACAAGCAGACUGCAUUACUGGACGCAGAUGACCCUGUGUCUCAGCUCCACAAAUGUGCAUUUUACCUUAAGGAUACAGAAAGAAUGUACUUGUGCCUUUCUCAAGAAAGAAUAAUCCAGUUUCAGGCCACUCCAUGCCCAAAAGAACCAAAUAAAGAGAUGAUAAAUGAUGGAGCUUCCUGGACAAUCAUUAGUACGGAUAAGGCAGAGUAUACCUUUUACGAGGGAAUGGGCCCUGUCCUCGCCCCUGUCACACCCGUGCCUGUCGUAGAGAGUCUUCAGCUGAAUGGUGGCGGGGACGUCGCAAUGCUUGAACUCACAGGACAGAAUUUCACUCCAAAUUUACGAGUGUGGUUUGGGGAUGUAGAAGCAGAAACGAUGUACAGGUGUGGAGAAAGUAUGCUCUGUGUUGUCCCAGACAUUUCUGCAUUCCGAGAAGGUUGGAGAUGGGUCCGGCAGCCAGUCCAGGUUCCAGUAACUUUGGUCCGAAAUGAUGGAAUCAUUUAUUCCACCAGCCUUACCUUUACCUACACACCAGAACCAGGGCCUCGGCCACACUGCAGUGCAGCAGGAGCAAUCCUUCGAGCCAAUUCAAGCCAAGUGCCCCCUAAUGAAUCAAACACAAACAGCGAGGGCAGUUACACAAACGUCAGCACAAAUUCAACCAACGUCACAUCAUCUACAGCAACAGUGGUGUCCUAACUACCGUCUUGUUGCUAGGACUUAAAUUGACUCCAGUGCGGCAAAAUGUUGAGAGAGAGAGAGAGAGAAGUGAACAGUCUUUUGUGGUUUCUUGGGAAAACUUUUCAUACCAGGUGAUACUGUUCAAAAACCCCAUGACCCGCAAGUGCUGAUUGGAAGUGCAGAAGCCACAGUAAAACAAAAAAACAUCAUCGACAUGUAAAAACUAUUGGGAACUCCGGUUUUUUUCAGCUGUUAUUUUUGGUUGGUUUUUGGUUGGUUUUGUUUAAAUGGGCAAGAAAUAGAGAUGUGGCUGGAAUAAAAAUGAAACUAGAAGACACAAAUCUAACAUAGUUUUAUGGACCAAGGACCUUGUAUAAGCUUUAGUAAAGGUACAUGUUCACCAUACCUUUUAUAGCACCGCAUAGAGCACACCUGUUCCAGCAGGUGUUCUCCCUGCCCCUCGGAGCUUCUGCCCGUCAGUACGCUCAGGUUCCAAGCCUGACCACGCUUGCCGAGUCUCACUGUCAUACUCCCAGGUUUUUUUGGUCUACGGCUGGAACUGUUCUUUCUUUGUUUUUUUAAAGCUGAAGUCUUACGACUUUUUAUGAGUUGAAAUUGUUUUGAUUUCAGCAAGUCAAAUCUUGUAAAGGCCUGCAUUUUUUUUUAAAGAUUAUAUGAAGUCUGUGCAAAAGCUUUAAGAAAUGCCUCUGCCUUGCCUGCAAUACAUGCAACGUACAUGAACUAGUCUCUAUUCUCAGACAUUUGACAAUUAUUUCCAUGUUUUCUUUUUAAAAAAAUGUAUUUAUAGUGGUGUUCCAAGUGGUUCUAACAUUUACAUGGGAUUAAGUGUGGCCAUUUAGUCAUGAAUGAGUUAAUGGCACAGGACAUGUUGGUGUUUGAAGUGUUCUCUCCCCUUCCCCCAUGCGAACAUGUGUCUCCAUGUUUCAGGAUUUGUUCAGGUUUCCCCCACCUGAUCUUGUACAUAACUUGUAUUAUGUGUAAGUUAAACAUUUUAUUUUGAACUUGUAAUGUUCCCAGUGAUUUCAUUCAGUAGGGUGUUUUCUGCCUUUUUGACUUAUGACAACAUCAAAAAAUCAUAGAAAUAUUUGCUACCAGGCGGUAGAUGGUGCCCUUACUGCAUAAUGAGAAAAAUCUCAGCAGAAGCAUGUUUUUAUUGACCUUUUAUUUUUUGGUAGCCUAGUCCAAGAUGUCAUUGUAACCUUAAAACAAGAUGCUCUUAUUAGAUGGUGAACUAAAGUAGCUGGAAGACAAGUACUUUAGAAACAGAUAGUUGUGAGAUUAUAAAAAUGCAAAUGUAACUUAUCUUUCCAAUUCUCUCUCUGCUUUUUUUAAAAACUUUUCUUUCCCAGUACUGAGCAUCUCCACAGAUGUCUCCUACUCAGAAAACAUUUCUUUGCCCUUCAGUUAAGAUUUGAGUGCGUCCACGGUGAUGUUGGCCUUACAUGCCAAGUUCCCCCGUUCCUUUACAUUGCUUCUGUUUCUGCACUUUGGUUGUGCCUUUGUUCGGUCCUUAGAAAUAGCAGCAGACUCGUUGGGCUACAUUUAGUACAGGAACCACGUGUGUAAUGUCCUAGGACACAGUCUAGUAAUACAGCCACCCUUGUUAGAGUAAAAACUACCUCUAGAUGGUGGUAAGCUUUUUACUGUCCCAUAAAACAGGAGCCAAAGCACCUUGUGAACGAAAACUAUACAUUCGUUAUUUCCAUACAGAACAUAGCCUUUCUGGUGUCCUGGGCUAUUUUCGACAUCAUUGUUAGUAGCAUUUUUCUUUUUCAACUUUGCUGUUUUCACUCAUUUUGCUCAGAUUGUGUCAUUGUAAAUAGGAUUCCUAACAUCUUUAAAUCACUUUUUCCUCAGUUUGAAGGGAGAAGUCAUUUAUUUGUAAAACACAUUCGUGGUAGAAUCAGAGUUCCUGAUUUUCUCUUUCUGCAAGCCUUUGCAAUCAAUUACCCAUUAGACUACACGUAGCCUUCUCUCCACACUGCCCCAGUCACUAGCUUCUCUCUGUGAGCCGAUCCUGCCUCACUCCUUAAAUCUGUCAGUGAUGAAGGGCAGAAUUCAGUGUGGCCUUAUCUUCCUUUGUUUUGACUGUUUACUGGCUUUUUCUUGCCUUUUUCCGAGUAGUAUUUAUUCUUCUCUCUGUUGUCAUGCCAGCAGCCUUUGCACAGUGCUUUUGUUCAGAGUGCAAAUGUUUUCAGUUCUGCUUUAUUAUUAAUGGCUCACUUUUCUCCACUUCCCAGGUGUGGUGUUUAGUUGUAAAAUUACAUUAAAUUAAUUGAUAACAGAUGAGACACUUUUGAAGCGUCCUUACCCAGCUUUGCAGCUCAAAAAUAAUCCUUCAAGUGUAUGACUUUAUUAAAAGUGAACUUUUGCUUGUCGAUUAUUUAAAUAUAUCUUAUUUUGGCUCUUUGUUUCUUUUAAUAAGACAAUUGAAACAUUAGGCUGUAAACUCUUUUCCUGUUUUGUUUUUUUGAUAAGUCCAAGAAUGUACUUAUUAUAUAGGCAUUUCUCCUGCUAUUUUCUGGUCAUUCUGUGAACCACAAACUGAAGAGUGAAAUGGUUUGUCUGUUGUAGUUACUGUUAGAGGAGUUCUUUUGUCAGCUGCUUAAAAAAAAUCUGUUUUGUGGAUUUGUAAAUCAUUUGAGUGUAUAAUUUAUAGGAGCCUUGUCCUCUUUAUAGUAAAAGGUACCCCCCCUCCCCCCAUUGGUGGCAUUAUUAGAGAUACGGUCAUUUUCUGUCAUGAAGACCCUCUUAGAAUGGUAACUGCUUCAGUGAAAGGACAGUACAUUUGAGUUUUUUUAAAUUCUGCUUUAGAAGUGUUAUCUUUUGCUCUCAUGAUUCUAUGCAGUUUCUAAAAAAUGUGCAUAGAAGCCGAGUCUGUGAUCCAAUAUGUUUUUAUUAGUUCCAUUGAAUGGAUCACACCGAUGGGGAAGGCAAGCGAAAGGCUUUAAAAGCAGAAUGCCCUUCGUAUUUUGAAUGACUUCAGAGUUGAACACUAGAGUAAUAUUUAACCUGCUGCUGACUUUUCUUAAACUGUGGCAACUGAAGGCAUCUUCAUAUAUAUAUAUAUAUAUAUAUAUUAGUGACCUGUUUGUCACUCUUGCUGCACAGACUUAUUUGUGAUCAUAACUGGUUAGUUUUUGUUUAUUUUUCUAAUGAAACUGGUACCGUCUGUGCCCUCACAGAAUAUUCCCCAUGCAGUUUUUGAAAACUAACUAGUCAUGUUUAACCAGAUAAUCCAUGGGGGGGAGGGGGGUUCCUUUUUGAAACAAAAUGCUAUUCAAUUAUUAACCAAGUUACUUACUUUUGAUUUCGAAAGCAGCUGUUUCUGAUGAAUACUGAACAAAUGUGUGUAAUUUUCUGUGCCAGACUUUGACUUUGUUUCAAGCACUGUAAUGUGGGUUGGAUGGUUAGAAACAAUAAUAUAUUAGGGUUUCUAUUUAACCCUUUCAGGACUGAACUGUGUCCCCUUUUAUUAAUUUUCCCUGUGUUGUGAUAAAUGUUUGCCAGCAUUCAGUACUGUGUUGGUCCAAAUGUAGGUUUAUAUGCUCAUUUUUAGCUUAUUUCUUGUACCUUGCAGCAUGCUCUACACAUUCAGUCCUUAAGGGGUUUAUUUUACAAACUGUGCGCCUGUAAGGUUUGUUAGCAAUAAGAUAGAAAAUUGAGCAAGUUUAUACCAUAAUUUUGUAGAAAAAAGAAUCUGCUCAGUUCCAUAUUUCAUCCAUGAGAAACCUGCAAUAUGGGCAGUUUCAAGGAAUUAAUAAAAAGGAAAUGUAAACCAUU